AUGUCGGGAAGGCGGAUGGUAGGGUAUAAUGGAUCCCUCCCUAAUGGUGACAGAGGACGCAGGAAAAGCAGAUUUGCCCUUUAUAAACGACCUAAGGCAAAUGGAGUUAAGCCCAGCACUGUCCACGUGAUUUCUACUCCUCAAGCAUCAAAGGCGAUCAGCUGUAAAGGUCAGCACAGUAUCUCUUACACAUUAUCCAGAAACCAGACUGUUGUAGUGGAGUAUACUCAUGAUAAAGACACAGACAUGUUUCAGGUUGGGAGGUCAACAGAAAGCCCCAUAGACUUUGUGGUAACAGAUACCAUUUCUGGAAGUCAAAAUAAUGAUGAAACCCAGAUUACGCAAAGCACCAUAUCCCGUUUUGCAUGCAGGAUUGUUUGUGACAGGAGCCCACCAUACACAGCAAGGAUUUUUGCAGCUGGAUUUGACUCGUCUAAAAAUAUAUUUCUUGGUGAAAAAGCAGCAAAGUGGAAAAAUCCUGAUGGCCACAUGGAUGGAUUGACAACGAACGGGGUGCUGGUCAUGCAUCCAAAAGGAGGGUUCACAGAGGAGUCUAAACCCGGAGUUUGGCGGGAAAUCUCCGUCUGUGGUGAUGUGUACACCCUCCGGGAAACCAGAUCUGCUCAACAAAGGGGGAAACUAGUAGAAAAUGAGACCAAUGUCCUCCAAGAUGGCUCCCUCAUUGACCUGUGCGGAGCCACCCUUCUGUGGAGAACGGCAGAUGGACUGUUUCACACUCCAACUCAGAAACACAUCGAAGCCCUGCGACAGGAGAUAAACGCUGCCCGACCGCAGUGUCCCGUUGGGUUAAACACUUUAGCAUUUCCCAGCAUCAACCGUAAAGAUGUGGUAGAAGAGAAGCAGCCUUGGGCGUACCUCAGCUGUGGUCACGUCCAUGGCUAUCACAACUGGGGACAUCGCAGCGACACAGAAGCCAACGAGCGGGAAUGUCCUAUGUGCAGAACCAUUGGUCCCUAUGUGCCUCUUUGGCUUGGUUGUGAAGCAGGCUUUUAUGUGGAUGCUGGUCCUCCGACUCAUGCUUUCACCCCUUGCGGACACGUGUGCUCUGAGAAGUCUGCAAAAUACUGGUCUCAAAUCCCGCUGCCUCACGGUACUCAUGCAUUUCAUGCUGCCUGCCCGUUUUGUGCAACACAGCUGUCUGGGGAACACAACUGCGUCAAGCUAAUUUUUCAGGGUCCAAUUGACUGAUGUAUCACUUCGCGAUGACCACAAUAACAUUUUUCUUUAACAAUUUACUGUGAAGAUUUUGCCACUAACUCUAGAUUUUACCUUUUUUUAUAAUGGUAUUAAUAGGGUGGUAGGGUGGGGAUGGGGAACUGACAUGGAAAAUUGUGAGGGACUGUGGUGGAAUUGGGAUACAUUGAUACCUGAAACGUGACAGAUAUCAGUGGUGUUGCAUGCUCUAAAGCAGCAUAUUCAUGCAGUCUUCUUGGUCAAAUUGUAGUAUAUUUGUAAUCUUUUUAUUAGUACCCUGGAUCAGAAAAAGGUGUCUUAAUGAUUUUUUUAAGCUAAGAUUUUUUAAUGGAAAGGUUUUUUCUUCUAAACUUUGACAAGCCUUUAAAACCUAUUUUUCAAAUCUAGAAGGAAUAUACAGAAUGUAACUGUCUUUAAUUUGCAGUAUAAUUGAACUUGAAUAGUUUCUUAAGGAGCUAAUACAGAAUGUGUGGACAACCAUAGGUGAAUGUUCACUAGAGAUAAUUGGGUAUCUAAGAGAAAAAUUAGCUGCCUAAAUUGUAGAGUAUAAAAGCUAUUAAAAUAUCUAUUAUGCUAUAACACAGCUGGCCAAAAAGGCAUCAAGGAUUACUUGAAACUGAGGAAAUCCUGUUUGCAUUGAUUUCCUUUCAGUGUAAUAGAUAUCCACUGUUCAUUAUAUAUGGUAUAUGGCGGUUUUUUUUUUUUUUUUUUUUUUUUUUUUUUUUUACCCAUUUAACCUGCAUCUGGUGAAACUGCUUUACUUUUUUUACAUACUUAGUUCUGUUUUUUAAACCAAUGUUCUGUACAUGUGUAGUCUGGCCUUUUUAUUUCUGCUUAACUUAAGCUUACCCUAUCUGCUCCUUGCAUGCCCAGGACCAUUGGGUUAAUUGAGAUGUAGCAAGCCUCUAAAAACUGCAUUAAGGAAGGGGUAGUGCCACACCCAGACAGAAGGUUUAGGUACAAUUUACACGGAACUUAUUUACAUAGACCUGAAUUCAGGAAAGCACUUAGUUCGUGUUUAAAUAUAAGCCCAUGGAUGGGACUACUGACAUUCUCAAGUGCUUCAAUGGAUUUUGGUUAUAUGCUGUUAUGUUUUGAAAUAAAAAAAGCAAUUAAAAAUAAGUUAUUUUUUUAAGCUCGCUUACUAGCCAGAAUGCUGUAAGGAGAGCAUCAUUUCUAGUUCAGCUGAGUAUUUUUGUUCAGUUUUCAACUUGCUGCCAUCUGUCACCUUUUUUUUGCAGAUUGAGAUGUGUUUGUAUCCAUUUUUUUCAAAUGUUUGCAAAUCAAACAACAUUCAAAUGUAAUCAAAUAUAUGCACCAGGGUGGUACAUCUGAAGUGGAUCACUUGAAAUUCCUGACUUUUUAAGAGAGCUGAUAAAUGUUUACUAUGGAAAUAAUUAAAUCAGAAUUUCAUAUGAGAUGUACCCCGCCCACUGUUAGUUUCAUUUCAUACAGAGUAACUUUUUGAUUUGUGGGGGUUUUUUUCUUUUGCUUUCUGUACUCUUGGUAUCUGAGGUAUCAAUCUAUCCAGGUUUAAAAAAAAAAAAAAAAUUGGGAGAAAAUUAUCACAUCUCUAGAUGAAGUUGAUCAUUCAAGCUCAGUUCUGUUUAAUCAACUAUAGCUUUUUGCUAUAUUUGUGCCCUUUGUAUAAAUAUAUAAUUUAUAUGAUUUUAAUAUAUUCUGUAUAUAUAUACUUGAAUUGGCCUGUUCAUAUUUUGGUUGUAAAAUUGUUUUAUAGUUAACCUUAUAAACAUUUUACAUGUCCCUUGCCAACGGUGAUGGGGACGUACUUUGUCUGCUGCUGGUUUUAAUAUAAUUUUGCUGUAUAAAUGUUCAGCAUUUUAAUAAUUUGAAAAUAGCUUUACUUUUCUUUUUAUGCUUUUGCUGUUUAAAACAAGAAAAUCUUUUUCUGCAGCAUUUUCUCAAAAAAAAUCCCAAACUGUACAGUUUUUGUCCCUCUCGGUGAUUGGAAAUAGGAUGAAUCUUGUUAACCUAAAACUAUAUGCUUCUUCCUAGUGCCUUUUCAAUGAGAUCCUCUUGUGAUUCCAUAUUCCGAGUCCUUACUCCCACAAGACAACCUUGUGGCUAAUCUUCAUCAAGAGUGGCAGCCCAACCAGAUUGGGAAGAAAUGCCUUUGGCCUUCAAUUACUUGUCAUGGUUCCUGUCAUAAACGUGAAGGUGCCUCUUCCUUGUUUAUAUUCAGUACAAGUUCCUCAGGUUCCAUAUGCAUACUGCAGCAUUAUUUCUAUUUAGCAUAUACCUCAUCUGUGAGAGGCAGUCUCACCUCCACCUUGUUCUUAUUGGACUCUGUGAAAUACUUUUUCUCACAAGAGAUGCUACGAAAACACGCUUUCAGGAGAAGUUCCUUGUUGAAUUAAGGCCAUGUGCUAAAGCUGGUGGCCAGAGGUCUCGGGCAUCAUGUACAACAGCUUGACAGGUCUGGGGUGGCAACUGUAUUGCCAAGCUGAGCAGGACUUGCAUGUGUGGUCUCCCUCUGAGCAUAAAUGGGCUGUAAAUGUGAAGGUUCCCAGGCAUCUCCAUUAUCGAGCUUCUUUACUUUCUUCCUUCACUGUUGCGGUUUAAUUGCUGCUUCAGGGCUUCCUAUAGCUAUACCCUGUGCAAAGGGCACGUACAGUGUUAGAAGAAUCCUCACUGGAGACGCUAGCACACCAUCUGGUUGUGGUGUUCUUGGCUUGCAUGAAGUGGAAGAGUGGCUAAUGGUUUGUAUCCAAGGGAAGUGUCUGUUUGAAAAGACUGUGUUUUAAGCGAGGUUUUUGUUUCCUUCUCUCUCAGCAAUUCUGUAUAACACAAGAAGCACUGCAGGAAGGAGAACUCUCCUCUUACCCGGGAAACAAACUUCCUCAGUUCCUUUGCAUGAAUCCAGGUACUUUCCUACUAACCAGUAUUCAAAUCUAGGGUGAGUCCCUCAGAGCUCAAUUUACUGGGAAGGCAGGAGUUUGUAGCAUUAUUUUUCUCAAACACUACUGCCACAUAUGCUGCUCUAAUGAAAUGACAGAGCAUUUGGCUACUUACCCCUUUUCUCCUUCCCUCAUUUCAGUAAACACACUUUCACUGGUCUGACAACUCGAUAGGAGAAGGUAGUUUCUGAAGAAAUAUGACUGGUUCUGUUUGGACUGAGUAGAUUUGACAACCACCCUUAAACUUUAUUUUGAAAGUUUAUUUCAUUAUUUUGGUGUUACAGUAUUUCUUACAUACCAUUUCAAAUGCUGGCAAUGUAUUCUGCAAGGGUUUUUUUUUUCACCUGUUACUGUUGAUUCUGUUUGAAUGCUUCAAAACCAUCUUUGACUGUAUAACUUAUAACUAAAAGUAUUUUUCUAGUCUGAUCUUUAAAAAAAACCCCACAAAACACCAACCUGUCACAUCCAUGCAUGCUGACUGUAACACUUUCCUUUUUCCUGGCAGCUUUUUGAUAGUGUGCUGAAAUCUAAAUAGAUGACUUGAGUGGUAAACGUUCUUAUUUUGAAUCAUGGUCCAACUCGUACCAAAGAGUUAUCAUGAUACUGCAUUUAGUCAUGAAUUUUUUUUCAAGUGUGGUCACUUUGUGCCUCUGGGUACAGUAAUAGUACUGUACUGGCAGAAUAAUUAAAGGAGGAACUUUUUUUUUUUCUUUUGUAAGGGUGGAAUGGGGCUCAAAAGAGACAAAAGCCUUGUCAAGCUGAUUCCAGUAGGGACAGACCCCCCUUGAAGCAAAGGCCUACCAGGAACUGAUCAGAAAUGUGAUUGUAGCCACUCCUGCUUUCAGACCUGGUUCAGGCUCUAAAAUGGGUUCUCCUCGGUUUGUUAGGAAGUGCUGGGAUGACAUGGAAAGGCUGUGAUCUUCCCAACAAAACAUUCUUUGGUGUUUUAAUGGCAGUUCCUGGAACACCGGGGGUUCUGCAGAACUUCAGAGCCUGAAUGAGGAGCAGAGGUGCUGAGUGUAUCAUAGUGAGAAACUGCAAUAGUCUUGUAGUAGAACUUAGUUUUUAAUUCCACACACCCAAAAGAAACUGUUGGUUUCAAUUGGUAACUCUCCCUUUAGUGCUGUUGCAGCAGCAGAUUGCUUUGAUCGCCAUUUUAUCUUUCUUCUGAAAGUGGUAGGAAGCUUCCACCAAGCCUGUCGUGUUUCUGUUCAGCCAGCUCAUAGUUUUGACACUUUUCUGGGGUCAGAGAACUGUUGGUAGCAAUCUGGCCAACAUGAGAAUAGAUAAAGCCAUUUAAAUGUGGCUUUAGUGUGGUAGGAAAACUGACCUGGCUUGACGCCUGCUCUUGCUUGAAGUUGAGCUGCAAAUCUGCUUCUGAAAUGAGCCGUGCUUGUCUGUUCUUUGUAAAGGAAUGCUCUGUCACGGAUGGUUAAGUCUUCUUUUCCCCGAGACUUGUUAACAUGCUGCAUUGGAUGAGAAGUGGAAUCGGCGGGUAGGUUGAUGGGAACAGGUAGGAACCAGAAGUCUGUUAGGCAGACUGUGGACAGCACAGUUAUUCUGCAGUAUUCUGGCCAAGGAUUCCUCCUCCUCCUUGUCUGCUCAGUUUUCAGCCUCUUGUGAUUUCUUGGCUCCUCUCAUUUUCUAUUUAUCCAUGUAGUUGCAAGUAAACAAGUAAAUACAGCUUGGAAAGAAAACAAGGAAGAGAAUUAAAAAGAUACCUUCAGGCUUGCUUAUCUCUUCAAGGAAAAUAUAAAUUGGAGUUGCAAAUGUCUCUUACAGACUUUCUCAUUAUUUGGGUUUUUAUAAGCACUCUUCACAAGUCUUCACACUUGGUGUUGUGAAUUAAAAGGAAAAACUUAGCAAGUAAGGCUGGGUUUUUUUGGGGGGUGGGGGGUGGAGAGGGGGUAGUUUCUAGGAUGAAGUCACAGUAGUUCUGCAGGCCCAGUGCAGACUGUGCCCCAUUGACUGCAGCAGACACUUCAGUCUUGAAAGAACAGAGUCAGCCUCCACAGGUAGUAAAGAUAAAGCUUUACUUUCUGUGUUGAUCAGAGUUUUAAUUUACUGGCAGCGGAACAGAAAUACGAGUUGCUUGGACAGCCAAACUAGAGAUGAAACUGGUGGCUGUCAAGAUCCUUUUAACAGGGCAUAUUUGAGGAAUAUAUGCCCUGUUAAGGAAAACCAGUCUUUGAGUCACCUGGAAGUCCCUUCUGUUGGUGUCAUGGUGAUUAGGGAAGGGUCUCGCUUUCCUUUUGGAUCAAAAAUAUGAUGGAGAGCCCCUGGAAGGCUCCUUGUGGCACAACCGUAGGGAUUCACACAGUGAGCCCUUUACAAUGGAGAAGUGAUGUUUACCUUUAAACAGUGUUAGCAGCUGCUAAAACUUCUGGGUAUAUUUGUAAAAUUGGUCUUUUAUACACCAUGUGAAAUGGACUGAAAUUUCUUUGCUGUUGUACCUGUGGAAGUACAAGCCAUUUUACAGGAGAAAAAAAACCCCACAACCUUUGGGG